AUUAAAAAGCAAGCGUUGCGCAGAUUUUAUAAUUAUUUAUUUAAGCACUGUGCAGGUGUAAUGUACGCUUGAAGAGCAACUGACUGGUCAUUCUACAUAAAUAUAUUUGCUUUUGCUUAUGAAAGUAUUGAUAAUCAUACCUCCUGCUAAAGUCGAAAUGUUCGCUGCCAGCAAAUCCACCGCUCUCCUUGCUUUCAGCGCUGUUGCUCUGCUCUGCGUCCUCCUACCGGCCGUUGAUGCUAUACCCUCCAUCGGAAAUUACGUCAAACGUUUUGACACCAUUACCGGCAUUGAUUUUAUACAAAUUUGCCUCAACAACUGCGCGCAGUGCAAAAAAAUGUUCGGUGACUACUUUCAGGGCCAGACAUGUGCUGAAUCCUGCCUCAAAUUCAAGGGUAAAGCCAUACCCGACUGCGAGGAUAUUGGCUCCAUUGCACCAUUCCUCAAUGCGCUCGAAUAG